CGCCGGCUGACGUAGGUGAACAGCGCGCGCGUCCUACUCCCUUGAGAAAGAAGAGCGUGAACGCGCCUCUAUCCUCCUCGCUGCUACAGUGAAUGCGGGCAUCCAGACGCCUGACUGAGUGCGGCGGUUCUUUACGAGAGCUCGGAUGCCAGUGCAUGGAAAGGGUUCUGCUGAAGCCGAAAGGAAGAGAAGGCAAAUGUACAUUCACACGGACGCUCAGGUGUAAGUGAUGCUACUGCAAGUUGAAGUCCAGGAAGUAAAACCGCAGCAGAUUGGGAAUAAACGGAUAGAUCGGCGUUUCCUGUUGCAGAGCGCAUUCAGUGCGUUUGGAAUACAGAGACGCAGCGUGGAAUUACUGGAGCCCUCAGUUUGUGAACUAAAGUCAAUUCGUUUUCUACCGCAUUUGAUUUUUUAGCGAAUUUUUCUCGUUAACCUUCUUUGUUUUCGCUUCUUAUUUUUUGUUCUUCUUUGAUUCGGUGUAUUGUUUCUCCCCUUCUAUUCUAAUGUUAAGUAUCUGCCCUUUUCAGUUUUUUUAUUUUCUUAUCCUCUGAAAAUACUCGGAUUCGUUUUUGCGAGGGUAGAUUGUGGUAAAAGAUACUCAAUCUCAAACUGAGUCGUGUCAUGGAUGGCAAAUUGUAUUUGCAUCUACGGAACAAAUCGGGGAAUAUAGAAUAACUACUGCUGACAGAGACAAGGACAAAUGACAUAGGAUGAACACUGCUGGUCAUCUCUGUCUGUCUGUGCUGUCAUCCCUUUUUGCACUGGCCUGGGCCGUGGAGCCGCUGGGUCAGGCUGCCCCCUGCUCCUCUCUGGUGGCUGGGGUCUUAUACGGCUCCUUUUCGCUCAGGGACCUCUUUCCCAGGCCGUCUGCUCUGGCAUCUGGAUGCUCCUGGACUGUGGAGAACCCUGACCCCACCAAGUACUCGCUCUAUUUCCGGUUCAAUCGCCAUGCCGGCGCGUGUUUAGCUUUUUCCGCGCUGGUGCUGCCCUUGGACCACUACCUCUCAAACCAGACCUGUGGCCCCCCAGACCAGCUCACCUUCCCCUCUGACCCUGAAGCCGUCGAACUUUGCAUGGUUCCAGGACCCCACACGUUCCUGCAGUUCGAUAAGAACUUUGUGCAGUUGUGCCUGACCACUCAUCCCAACAAAGACCUUGAGACGGGUGAUGGGGUGUUCGAAUGUUGGGAACGGUUAUGGGAGGAAACUCUGGACUUCCGGCUCGUAGAGGUUCUGCUCAUUAAUAAUGAGAAUUCGAGUCAGUUUACGUGUGGAGUCCUGUGCCGGUGGUUCGAGGAGUGCUUGCACGUCGGCUCAGGCUGGGAAACCGAGAGCUGCAGUAUCACCCAGACGGGAUGCGUUUGUCCUAACACGGCACCUCCGGUCUCCCUACUGCCCACUGCUCCCCAUAACCACUCUUUAGACCCCAGCGCGAGCGUGUUGCAAUCCCCACCUGACGACUGUUGUGUCACACAGCUUCAUUCAAAGAAUGGCAUUGCUAUUGCACCCAGGGAUGUCCGGCAAGAACCUGAUGAUGAUGAGCAGAAGGUGAAGACACAAAGGCCGCGAUCAGCUGACCAGCCGGGUGUGUUUCAGGCCCAGACAGGUGACCCAGCAGCGGAGGAGUGGUCUCAGUGGAGCGUGUGUUCGCUGACAUGUGGGCAGGGUUGGCAGGUUCGUUCUCGCUCAUGUGUAUCCUCUCCAUACGGGACCCUCUGCAGCGGCCCGCUGAGGGAAACCCGACUCUGCAACAACACUGCCACCUGCCCAGGUGAGCCGCAGCAUCAAGCAGUGCAUGGGCUGUGGGAGGAGUGGUCUUCAUGGAGCCUAUGCUCAGUCACAUGUGGCCGUGGCACUCGGACCCGGAGCAGGAUCUGUGUGCUCCCCCAGCAUGGAAGCAAGGGCUGUGGAGGGCCCGAGGUGCAAACCAAACUCUGCAAUAUAGCUGUGUGCCCCGUGGAGGGGCAGUGGUUGGACUGGGCUGCCUGGUCUCAGUGCUCUGUUUCUUGUGGCUCUGGAACUCAGCAGAGGCAGCGGCGUUGCAGUGUGUCGGUUCAUGGCUGGGCGGAGUGUAAGGGGCCACAUGUGGAAACUCGUGAGUGCACCAACCCAUCUUGUGGGGGUGGAGGGAACUGGGGUGCUUGGAAUCACUGGAGCUUGUGCUCCAAGACCUGUGACUCGGGUUGGCAGCGGCGGUUCCGUAUGUGUGAAGGCACGGGAAUCCAGGGUUACCCUUGUGAUGGCUCUGGAGAGGAAGUGCGCUCAUGUAAUGACAAGAAGUGCCCAGCACCUCAUGAAAUAUGAGCCUCAGUUGGAGAGACGGUAUACAACAAGUGUCCAUCUAAUGCCACUGGAUCUGCUAGUCGUCGUUGUUUGCUGGACGCUAAUGGAGUUGCUUACUGGGGUCCUCCGAGCUUCGCCCGAUGUGUCUCACUCGAAUAUAGAUAUUUACAUUUAUCUUUGCGAGAACAUCUUGCGAAGGGUCAGAGGACCCUGGCAGGGGAGGGCAUGUCUCAGAUCGUGAGGAGUCUCCUGGAGUUAAUGUCCCGUAAGGAUUAUUAUAGCGGCGACCUCUUAUUCUCCGUGGAGAUUCUCCGAAAUGUGACGGACACCUUCAAGCGAGCAACCUACAUCCCAGCUCCUGACGACGUGCAGAAAUUCUUCCAGAUUGUCAGCUUAAUGUUGGACAUUGAAAACCUUGAGAAGUGGGAAGAUGCUCACCAGGUCUCUCCGGGUUCUGUGUUACUGAUGAGAGUUGUGGAAGACUUCAUUCAUCUAGUUGGAGAGGCUCAAAAGCCGUUCCAGAGCUUUCUGGCCGUCACCAACAACCUCAUAAUCACCAUCCAGCGAGAACCGGUUUCAGCUGUUUCCAGUGACAUCAACUUCCCCAUGAAGGGGAGGAGAGGAAUGAAAGACUGGGCACGUUCUGCAGACGACAAACUCUUCAUCCCCAAAGAAGUCUUCACCCUGUCUUCUGAUGAAUCAGACGACACACCGUAUUUUGUCAUCGGAGCCAUCCUGUACCGCACCCUCGGCCUCAUAAUGCCCCCACCAAAAGAUCCAUUCGUGAUCAGCUCGAAGAUUCUGACUGUGACGGUACGUCCUUUACCCAAGCCCACUGAGCCCUUGGUAUCAGUGGAACUCGCCCCUUUGCUCAAUGGCACAACGGAUCCUCAGUGUGUUGUCUGGGACUACGGAAACCCAGAGGCUGGCGAAGAAAACUGGGACGCAGAGAGCUGCCAAACGCUCCCAUCGCCGGCAGUCUCCCACACCAAAUGUCUGUGCAGCAAGCUGUCCACCUUUGCAGUGUUAGCGCAGAAAGCUAAAGAACCGGUGAGUGCUAUCUUUACCUUUCCACACCACACUUUACCUCUCAGCAUCUGCUCGGGACAGGGCCUAGCCGACCGAGACCUCUGUGAAAUUUGUCUUAUGCAUAACAUAUGCUGCCAUACAUUGAGAAUAUUGUGUGGUUGCUCUCUAGAAGGUCAUUAUCCCAACCUGAAGAGGAAGAAUGUGUCCACAGGGACACUGGAUGCAGGAGCAGUUGAAGUGGUUAUGGUUUUGGUGCUUAUAUUAUAUGCCUUUUGGAGGUACAUUCGUUCAGAGAGGUCCAUCAUCUUGGUGAACUUCUGCCUGUCCAUACUGGCCUCCAAUGUGCUGAUACUGGUGGGACAGUCCCAAACUCUCAGUAAGGGACUGUGCACUGUGACUGCUGCCUUUUUGCACUUCUUCUUUCUGGCCUCUUUCUGCUGGGUACUGACAGAGGCAUGGCAGUCCUACCUGGCUGUGAUUGGCAAGAUGAGGUCCCGCCUCAUUCGCAAGCGUUUCCUGUGCCUGGGCUGGGGUAGGACACCCACACUUUUUUUCGCUGUAUCUGUGGGUUUUACCCGGGCCAGAGGUUACGGCACGCCAAGUUAUUGUUGGUUGUCUUUGGAAGGAGGGCUGCUUUAUGCUUUUGUCGGUCCUGCUGCUGUCAUUGUACUGGUGAACAUGCUGAUUGGAAUAGUGGUCUUCAAUAAGCUCAUGUCUAGAGAUGGCAUCUCAGACAAGUCCAAAAAGCAGAGAGCAGGUCCGCCGUUGGAAGCGCGUAGCAGGCUGCUCCUGAAAUGCUCCAAGUGCGGUGUGAUCUCCAGUACCGCCCUGUCCAGCUCUACCGCCAGCAGCGCCAUGGCGUCGUUAUGGAGCUCUUGUGUGGUUCUCCCUCUGUUGGCACUCACGUGGAUGUCAGCUGUGUUGGCUAUCACAGACCGCCGAUCAACCCUCUUCCAGGUGCUCUUUGCUGUCUUUGAUUCAGUCCAGGGAUUCGUCAUCAUCACCGUGCAUUGUGCCAUGCGCCGAGAGUUCAGGAUGGGUGGGUGCAAAGACGACAGUGAAAACUCUCCGGACUCCUGCAAGAAUGGCCAGGUGCAGAUCAUGACGGACUUUGAGAAAGAUGUGGAUUUGGCGUGUCAAACAGAAAGAGGACACCCAUUCAUUUUUAAGGAGGUAAACACCUGUAACCCUGCUACCAUAACUGGCACUCUAUCCCGCAUCUCCCUGGACGAUGAGGAUGACCCCAAGUUGGCAGCUCAUCAGGAAGGCGUUAAUUUCAGCAGCCUGCCUGGGAACAUCCCACCCCCUAAUCUCCUGGUGCAGGUACCUCCUUUGGGUCCGCUGAAUGAGCUAAGUGAGCAGCCACUAAAGAAGGAGGUUAAUGUGGAGCAACAAGGUCAGCAUCAACGAUCUGGACCCAUCUACCUGUGCACCGAGAGCGGGCUGGGUUGGCGACCAAAUCCAUCUUCCACCCAGGAUUCAGCUGGUGGCGGAGGUGGGGAAGGGGACUACAUGGUGUUGCCUCGUCGGACAGUCAGUCUUAAGCCCCCUCCUCCAACCCAGGAUGAGGGGAAGCCCCUGAACAUUACAGUAGACGACCCUCCCUUUCCACCACCCCCUUCACCCAUGACUCUGCAUCCAGCAGAGAGUGAGGCAUACCCCGCAGACUUUGCAGCUGUGGACCACAUCAGCAUGAACUUAAACCGCUCCUACGGCACACUCAAACAGUUGCCAGCCCACACUGGGCCCACACACUCCCACACCAACACCCACACCCUACAGGUCAAGCAGAAUCAUCCCUCUGUCCGGCAGAUCCUCACCUCGGGAACAGUGGAGCGCACCAGAACCCUACCCCGCAAUCUGGGCAGCACCAACACCAGCCUCUCGGCUGGAUCUUUGGAAAGGAAAAGAGUACGGUACUCUGAGCUGGACUUUGAGAAAGUGAUGCACACUCGCAAAAGACACUCAGAGCUCUACCAUGAACUCAACCACUCCACCAAGUUCCACACCAUAGACAGGUAUAACAGGGACCCUGCCAUGUCCUCCUUCAAGAGGGAAAAGCGAUGGAGCAUUUCGUCUGCCGGAGGUGAAAAGAAUUCUUCGAGUGACAAGUCCACCACAGAUGACCAGCGAUCCUGGGACAGCUUUAAGACCAUGACCCAUGAGCAGACGUGUGGCUCCAGCAAACAUAAGGACAGACUGGAGUUACGCAAUAAACCCUGGGACACAUGCUCCGCCAACACACCUGAUUCAUCCGAAGGAGACUUCCAGACUGAAGUGUGAAGAGGACACACACCUACAACAAACUGAGAGACAACUAAACCCUCUUACGUACUCACACUGUCAGUGGUCUUCAGCAAGACGUGUUCUAAAGGUUUCUGUACUUGUUUACAGGUGUGAGGACAGACCAGAGAUGAAGAGUGCUCUAUUCUAUAUUUUCACAAAGAGACAUUAAAUGAAAGAGUAGGGCCUGAGAGUAUGGUAAAGAAAAAAAAAAAACUGUUUCUGAAAUGUCUUGAUUUUACUCCAGAAAGGAUUCUCUUUCUCCUGUUUGAUGAUUUGGGAAUUUAAAUGCACCCUUCUUUUUAUAGAGGAACAAAAAAAAAAAAAAAAAAAAACUAC